AUGACGAAAGAAAGAAUAAAAGCUGAAAAGAAGAGACAAGAAGCAGAAAAGAAAAAACAAGAUAAAGAUCUAAAGGAAAUAAAGAAAAAUUUCAAGAUCGACACCUCUCAGCUGGACAAGUCCCAGGGAGAGGGAAUGCUGAAGGAGGAUGCUGUACCCUCGGGGGGUAAGACUGCCAAGUUAGAGUUGACGGCCAAGAAGGGAACAUUACUCAAUGUGGUCCGUCUGGUAGACAACCCCCCUGGAAAGUGGCUUGUCCGACUGAUAGAGGAGGAGAAGUCGGAUAAACCUGUGUACCUGUCACAGAUUGUGGGAUACGUGGACGCCAACAUCGUUGAGGUAGACAAUCAGCUAAUUCGCAAUGUAAUGGCGGGAUCGUUUGUGAGUGCCUUGAACAAUACUAACGCUGUAGAUGAUGAAGAAGAAUAUCAGGAUGUAGAAGUUGAGGCCCCUCCUGUUGAGGAAGAAAUGUAUGAAGCAGUGUAACAUUCCAUAUCUCACCAAUCUAGAAUCUGCAAUUUGACCUUGACCUUAGCAUGCUUGAACUUGAUCUGAAGUGCUGACCUUGAUCUGAAGUGUCUUACCUUGAUUUGAAGUGCCUAACCUUUAUAAACAUGUAAUGAAAUGCCUGACAUUAACCUCAUGGUACAUGACUUUCAACAAGUGUCUGAAACCUCCCUUAAAGGACAUGUGUCUUAUAUAUCAUGCUGCUUAUUUAGAUUUUCGUCAAAAACCAUUUGGUUUCCAUGGUAACUUCAUUUUAACAAGACUUUGUUAAAUGAAUGUUUUGAUAUAGAUAAUAAGAUCUAGAUAUUAAUUUCUGGUAGUUGAUAUUCUUCAUUGUAUUUUGGGUAAUCGAGGUUACAAUACAGCUAGAAUUGAUCAUAAAGUUUGCAGUUACUGAGGUAUCUCAUUGUAUAUACUACAUAUAUGUACAAUUUCUUCCAUUUCUUGCCUGUAAAGCUGACAUCUUUGGUAUUUAGUUCUACCACUGUGCCAUUGUCUGAAUCUAGCAAUACAUACAUUAUAUUAUAUUAUUCAAUGAUAUUUAUAUGAAUAUACAUUCCAUUGAGUUUGUAAAUUUGUUUCACUGGGGAAAAAAAUCUUUUCUGUUUAUGUCAUAAUUUUUCCGUUUUAUGUAACUGUUUUGUGUAUUUUUUGUUUGUUAUGUAAAGAUCAACAAAUAUAUCUCUUAUACUGAUGUCAUUUCAUAGUAAAAACUGACAGAUUAUCUGAGAAAUCAUGAGACAGAAGUCAUUUCUCCCAUUUAAUGAUGGGAUAUCUAUCAUUGAGAUAUAUUUAAAACCUUGUUUGAAAUUAUUUAUUUUUACAUCUCGCUCAAAAUGUCUAUGAAAAAGGCAACAUGAGAUUUCUGUAUGAAUAUUACUAGUGGUAUAUCUGAGAUAUCACAAUUACUGAGAGGAUAUCUGAGGUAUGAAAAAUACUGACAGGAUAUCUGAGGUAUGAAAAAUACUGACAGGAUAUCUGAGAUAUCACAGGAUAUCUGAGAUAUCACAGUAUAUCUGAGAUCUCAAAGGAUAUCUGUGAUAUCACAAAUACUGGUAGGAUGUCUGAGAUAUCAAAAUCACUGAAAGGAUAUCUGACGUAUCAAAAUUACUGACAGGAUAUCUGAGAUAUCAAAAUUACUGACAGGACAUCUGAUACAUGAGGAAAAAAAAUGACUGGAUAUCUGAGAUGUCAGAAUUACUGACAGGACAUCAAAGACAUGAAAAAUACUAACAGGAUAUCUGAGAUAUAUAAAAUACUGACAUGAUAUCUGAGAUAUGAAAAAACCUGACAGGAUAUCUGAGAUAUUAAAAAUACUGACAGGAGAUCUGUGAUAUAACAAUUACUGAUAGAAUAUCUGAGAUUGCACAAUCAUGAUAUAUCCUUUGGAUAUCACUGAGACUAGUUACCAGGUAUAUACAAUAUCUGAGGUAUGAAAAAAAUACUGACAGGAUACUGAGAUAUCACAUUGACUCACAUGAUAUCUGUGAUAUCAUAAUUACUGGAAGGAUGUCUGAGAUAUCAAAAUUACUGACAUGAUAUCUGAGAUAUCAAAUUACUGACAGGAUAUCUGAGAUAUAUAAAAUACUGACAGGAUAUCUUAGAUAUGAAAAAAACCUGACAGGAUAUCUGAGAUAUAACAAUUACUGAUAGAAUAUCUGAGAUUGCACAAUCAUGAUAUAUCCUUUGGAUAUCACUGAGACUAGUUACCAGGUAUAUACAAACAUCUGGUUUAUGUCUUUUAAUCUUGUUUUUUUAUGUUGUCACUUAACAUUUUGAUGGUGUCACAGAAGAUUUUUAUGGUUUCACAUACUAUUUUGUCAUAUUAGAUUUUGUAUUACAUCAAAGUAGAUUUUAGGAAACAUUUUAAUGUAUAACACGAGACGAUAUGCAAUAACACAUCUUGUAUUUAUGAUUGUAAAACUGUUUCCUAUGCUAUUUCAUUUUUACACUCACCAUUGAGCUUUCAACGGAAUCACACGACCUUCUGAGCACUGCUCACUGAUAGGUUCUACUACAAACUUGGUCAUAUUGGACAGGUUCUAUUACAACAAUGUCUCAUUGGACAGGUUUUACUAUAAUCUGUUUAGUCAGGUUUUCCGCUGAUCUUGUCGUUUCACACCUGUUUAGACAAGUUCUUCUUCAGUUUAAUUUCUGAACAGGUUCUUCUUUGAGUUGGGUCUUAAAUUCCACAGAUUCAACUCUUGCCUGGUCUUUCAAACAUUUUGUGCUAUAGACGAUUUUGAGAAAAAUAACUUACAAACUUAAAAGUACAUAGAGGGUUAAUCUAGGAAACAUGGGAACAUUGACAAUACAGAAUAUUAUUGUGUGCUGUGAUGCAUUAGCAUUGCAAUACAAUGCCUACUCUAGACAUUGACUUUGUAAGUAAAGAUAUGUCGGAGAUAUGGAAUUUGUUGAAACCCAACAUAUAGGUGGAUCAGACAUGUAUUUUCUAAUCAUUCCUCUGGAGUUUUAUGUACAUAAUAUGUUGUGUAAGAAUAUACAUGUUUAUGACUAUGUUUUGAUAGGUAAACAGCUGCUGGUUUAAUAGUUGACAGAUUUAGUUACAUUUGAAUGCUUUGUUAUUGGGAUUGCUUGCUUGUUAUAGAUGUACUAGGACUUUGGUGUUCAAAUUUUCAUUAGAUUAAAUAUGCAGGUAAACACAAAAUGUCUACCUGUAAUCUUUUUUUAACAAAUUCAGAACUAAUGAAAAUGAAAUUCAAAAGUUAACAUAACGAAAAUGACAUUUGAAAAAAAAUCGUGUUAUUUUUUUGAAAUACCAGCUAAAAAUAUUACCUGAGAGUGUUGAGCUUAACUGUAAAUAACCAGUCCCAGAAUGCAUCACUCAUUUAUGACAGAAAAUCUGUAGGCUCCUGUAAAUUCAAAAGACAUUGUUAAACUUUUGAAUGCUAUGUUUAAGAUUGUAACAUGUUAGUGCUGUUUACCACUUUGUAAAUGAAUGCUUCAUGAUAUUUUAGUCAAUUGCAUUAGAUUAGUCAUAUAUACAAAUUUGUAUUACAUAUUCAGCAUUAUAUUGGUAAGUGCAAUCCAUUCAUUAAUGGGUACCCGUACACAACCAAUAAUUUACAAAACAAACCUUGGUACCAGAAAGCAAAAGUUCCAUAUUUUCAAAGCAUUUGUACAAUAGAGGCUUAGCGUAAGCUAAUAUUUUUUCUGUCAAAAAUUUGACCUCUGACCUUUGAGUGAAUAUACCCAGAGUUGAAGAAUGUUUUAUCAUUUAUUUUUUUAUAGCGUUGGUCCUAUUUGUAAGGGUCAAAGAUUAAACUGUGAUAAAAAAAAAAUCCUGUUUACAGUUCUUGCAUAUAUCUGUUAAGAAUACAAUGUAAUACAUGUAUAUAGGCCUUCAUGUAUUUCAUAUUGCAACCAAAAACUACAAUGGAGCGGUAAAGUAAAAUUAUGCCGUCAAACAACACCACAAGCUUUACCAGAUAACAGGGUUACAGUAUUGGUAAGAAUAGAUUGCAGGACAUUAUUAACCCUUUCACCACUUUGGACCAUAAUGGACUCAUCCAGAUCAAUGCAUGGUAGAGUGUACUAAAGUUACAUAGGGGUGAAAGGGUUAAGGUCAAGUUGUAUAUAAACUUGACACUAGUACAGGUGUGCUUUUUGAAAUAUUUUCACUGCGGCUUCAUCUUUUACCCACAAAUACCUGUGCCUUUUAUUUAUUACACACAAAUACCUGUGCCUUUUAAUUCUUUCAAUUUCCAUAUAACUUACAUGCAUGUAUAGGGGAAGGGGACAUUUAGCAGCCUGGCUUGGUGAUGGCAAGUUGACAUUGUUCGUGUGUAGGGAGUAGAACGGGGUUGGGGAGGGAGGUUUUCCAAUAGCAACAUUUACUAGAUACGUCUUGUGUGACGGAAUGGGUGCAAUGAAAUCUCUUGCUUUCAUUACAGGAAGUCACAGUUUCUAGAUGUUUCAGCUAGUCACAACACCAAUUUAAUUCAGCUAUCACUGGGCUUUGAUUUUGUGCAUUUUAUUUGUGUAUGCUUAUAAAAUGUCAUAGAUCUAUUGUUAAUUUAUUAGAUACAUUUGGUGAAUUUACUGUCAUCUUAAAUUCCAGGUUUCAUAUUUAUGAUUUUUCAUAGAAAUAGUAAAUAAGUCAACAUUCAUUGUAUGUAUAUAUUUUAUGUUACUUCCUACAGAAAUCACAGAAUGACAUCACUACAUUGUGAUGUUACCAACUGGCAAAAUUUAAACUGGGGUACAGGAGGUGAAGCCCCAAAUGGGGAGUGGGCGUCUGGAGAACUUAGAAUUCAAAGCAUGAAAGGUCGGAAAAUGGUCACCCAGCAGCCGAAAGAUGUCUCGUAAAUAUUUGGCCAAUCUGACCACAGUUGAGUUUUUCGUAUAUCAGUACCAGGGUAUAAUGCAACAAAUGAAACGUGGAAACAGAAUCAAAAUUUCUCGCAUAAGACAUGACAGUGUUGUAUACACUAGAUGAAAUGUAAAGUUUUAAUUAGUAUUAUAUAACGAAGUUAAUUGUUUAUUUACGAUGUAUGAUUGUGUCAAAUUGGUGUUUGUCUUGACCAACACCGAGGCGUCCAGUUUACUUAACCUUUAGUCCUAUACCAUCUUCAAACUUGUACUGGCAUUAUAUCCUGUUAUUUUUUUUUUUACAUAUUAAAGAAAAAUUCCCCUCAACUACAAAGUAUAAUUGAAUGAUCACCUUGUAUACUAACAAAUGUUGACAGUAUUAAUUUGACUAAUACACCUUAUAACAGGGAAGUGUUUAUUUAUAUGUUGUAUGCAUAACACUGUAUCCUGUUCACUUGACUCAUUGGCCCCUGAACAUUCAUAAUGAACUAGUAUUCCAACCUUUGAAUUGGAAGAGUUCCAUUGUGUCUUCAGGAGUUAAUAAGUCAAAGAUUACGCUGCUAUUAUUUCCUCAAUUUUCUAGAUAAAAUUCACCUAUCGCAAAGGCUAUCAGUAUAGGACAUAUACCUGUGGUUUUAAAUGGGGUAUAUACAGGCACUAUGGUGCUUCUAUACUAUUGAUGAUUUUAAACAAUGCAAGUCAGAGAAUAAAACUUAAAGAAAUAUA